GACAUAGACUUGACAUAGACAGAUAAACAUUUGUUUUUAUAUUUAGAAAACAUGAAAUGAAAAUAUUAAAAUAGAGAAAUAUAAAAUAAGAGACGCAAAUAUUGUAUUCAAAUAUUAAUUAACUACUGUGAUGUGUAUAUAUUAUCAAAAUGCUCUUAAACCACAUAAAUAAAUUAGGUAAACAGACUUUUAGGUUAUAUGGCAGUAAUGGUAUUCUACCUAAAAGUUCUUGUAUAAAAGAAUACUGUAUCGAAAAUAAAAACCCAUAUAAUUCAAGAAGACAAUUUUCUUUACAAUCUUCAGUAGAGUCCCUAGCCAAAACUCAAACAGGAUUAUUUAAAUGGCUAUCAGAAAGUACUCCUGUAGAAUAUAUUCAAAAGUUUUUGCUAACUCUUCAUGACACUUCUGGUUUACCUUGGUGGGCAACGAUAAUAUGUGCUACAGUAUUACUUCGAAGUUGUGUUACUUUACCGCUAGCUGUUUAUCAAAAUUAUGUACUAGCUAAACUGCAAAAUUUGAAAUCAGAAAUGCCUGCUAUUGUUAAAGAACUGCAAAAAGAGACUGCUGUGGCCAUAAAAAUGUAUAAUUGGGAUGAAAAGAAGGUCAAAAUGGUGUAUAAUAGAUCGGUAAGGAAACAAUGGAACAAUUUGAUCUUAAGGGAUAACUGCCAUCCUGCAAAAGCUAGCUUAUUAGUAUUGUUCCAAAUUCCUAUGUGGAUAUCAUUAUCAGUUUCAAUGAGGAAUUUAGUUUACAUGCUUCCACAUCAAGAUAUAAAUGCACAAGUAACAUUUGCUGAACUUAGUAUUGGUGGAUUUGGUUUUAUUCCAAUUUAACAGAAGUGGAUGCAUCUUGGAUAUUGCCUGUUGGUUUGGGAAUGAUAAAUUUGGCAAUUAUUGAGCUUCAAAGAUUAUCAAAAAUAAAUGAACCUAAUAAACUUCAAAAUUUUCUUUUGAAUAUAUUUAGAGGUAUAAGUUUAAUAAUGAUUCCAGUUGCUGCAUCUGUACCAUCAUGCCUUGUGUUGUACUGGACCACUUCAAGUGCAUAUGGACUAAUUCAAAAUGUAAUACUGCUGUCACCUAAAGUAAAAAGAAUUUGUAGGAUACCGAAGACUGAUAUUGAAUUAGAAAAUCCGUAUAAACAUAUUAGCCAACAACUUCAGAAGAAAUUUAAUUUUUCUUUAGAGAAUAAGUGAUAUGAAAAUAGGAUAUUAAAUGUGUGUAAUUGUUAUGAAGAAAUUAAGCACAUUCAUUUGUGUGUAUUAUUACCUUUAUUAUUGUAUAAAUUAUUAUUAAUAUUGACCAGAUUUAACAUU